CAGCAAUGGAAGGAUAUCGUCGAUUCGUUCUCGCCAGUUUAAACUUUUAUACGUAAAUAAACAAUUCAGCUGUCGUUUGCGACAUUUUUAAUCUUUAGUGUUCAAAACUGUUAUACCUAACCUCAUGGAUUUCAAGCACAUGCCUUUGUACAAGUUUUUAUUAUUUGAUAAAUUCAACAAUUAUAUACUCAACUUGUUUAAUUGUUAAUUGAUGUUGUUUUUAUUGUUUACAUAAGUCCACGUGCUGUGUCUCAGUGUGUCUUAAUGUGUAUGGAUAUGUAUGAAGUGUUAGAAAUCACUGUGAUAAAUUAUGCAAUAAGAUGUUAUGUAAAAACAGCGUUGUGUUUUAUUUGAACUCAUGACAAACACGGUGAUUCUAGCUGAAGAAGGGUUGUAUGCGAAGAAAUAGAAAAAAAGUCUAGUGCACAUCAAAAUUAUCGAUUACCACCCUCAUGAAAUGAAAAUUGUCUCUGAGAUGGAGACAAAAGUGAUUGCAUACAGAACUUCACAACGUUUCCUUCAUAAACAUUUAUAGUUUUUAAAGAAUUACAUAAGCUAUCAUGAACAAAUGCCGGUAGCAACAAUUCAAUCGGGUGUUACUUCAAAAUACAGACGUCGUACGUGCAUUUACAUCCGACGAGAGUAAAACAUGUAAAAAUCUAAUUUUAGAAAUGAUCUUACACGUUACGGCGCAUAUAAACAUAUGUAUAUAAAUAUACCUAUGUACAUUUUGGAUGUAAUCAACUAGCUCUGGAUAGAGUUUUAUUUUGUUAUCUCGUUGUACAAGAUAUUAGCUGAAACCUGCAUAGAAAGUUUGGAUCUGGAUAAUAGAUACUUACAUAAAUGCCAGUUGAAACUAUCGCCAGUUAGGAUUUUUAAAUCAUUUUACGGAAAAAUGGACAGUGUGGUCAUGACCACCCCGUCUAGCGCCGCAAAAAUCCGCGCGCGAGUUCGCAGUGCUUUCAGCGCGGUUUGCCCUCGACCGCUGCGAAAAGCUCAGAAAAACAACUCUAAUAGUGAGGCGCUCUCAGUUUGGAAACCUAGGUCACCAAAUCAACCAGUGCCUCCUGAUAAAAUUCAAGCGUUAUUUAAUCAAAUGCAACUAUACCCCACGAAAAGACAAGUACAAGAAAUGUUGGAAGCAUCACGGCGUUGUGCAUCACUUUCUUCAUCAUCGAGACGUAGAAACAGUGCUACAAAUCACACCUCACAUCACUCCCAUAAUUCACCUGUAACAAACAGAAGUAAUCCAAUAUCUAUUCAAGAAAGAAAUAACGAUCAGCCAGCAAGCAGAUAUGCAGAAAAACAUUCUCUUACUUUUGCGGAAUUCUGCGUUUUUGCCGCAGAACUUCGGAGACUCGAUAAGCAACCGAUGGAAGCAAUAAAGAACAAAAAAAAUUCUUUAGACUGUAGUAGUUUUAAUAGUAGAAUAAUACGCAACGUUCAAAGCAAUCACACGCAAAUCCAUUCGACCGCAUCACAAACGAAUCCUGACAUUACUGGCUUUAAUGAUACGGAUGGUAAAUUUACAAGUUUAGAUAAUGCAACGGAAGAAAUCAAUGACAGAAUCGCAAGUGAAUUUGAUUGCAGGAAAGAAAAUGAAGUUUUUCUGGGCGGCAGUUGUAAUCCGACCACUUGGAGAACAGAUAAAGCAAUUCCCGCACUGGAGAAGUUAGGGAUCACUUACUACAAUCCGCAAGUAUCGCACUGGACGCCAGAACUAAUCGAUAUUGAAUACCAAGCCAAGCGUUGCGCCCGCGUCAUGUUCUUCGUAAUGGAUGAUGAGACGCGCAGCACAGCCGGAUCCAUAGAAGUCGCGCAAAUAGCUGCUGAAAAACGCAGCCUGGUGCUCGUGCUUCGACCAUAUCGACCAGGGCAGUCCAUAUUGAAUGAGAAACUCAGUCCACAGGAGUUCUUAGAUUUAUCAAGAAACCAGCAGAUGCUUCAAGAACUUGUAGAAAGUAGAGGAUUUCCAGUGUUAAGUACAAUAGAAUCAGCUUUGGUCCGCACAAAGCAACUGAUAAAUCAUGAAAUUUUGAGUACUGUUUAUACGAGUGGUUUGGAUGUUUCAAAAACAUUGCAAGACCUUAGAAGCAAAUUUGAUUCUAUUGAUUUAUCGGGAAAUGGUUACAUAACAAUUUCACAAUGUGCUGCAGUGUUGAUACAAAUGGGAAUAUCUACAUUUGAAGAUGAAAUUAUUGAUUUAUUAUCUGAUCUAAAUUCGCAUACGAACAAAAGCAUUGAUGAUUCUUUAACCAACAAAAAUGCAACUAUGACAUUGGAUUUCCAACAAUUCUGUGCUGUAAUAUCAGAACUAAAUUGCAAAAGAUCCCAAAUGGCAGAAAAUGACAAAUACAAUGCAAAUAAUUUUGAUUGGGUUAACAAGCAAGUGAUUCAUCGACAAAGUUCCUCAAACAACAACACAGUGGACAAUAGCAAUCUGAAUGGUACUACUACAAAUACUCCUUAUAAUUCCAAAGAUCAUGAAAUAAAUUCAAUAAAUGCUAGUGCUGAAUUUGAUGUACCUAAGCGUGAUAUUUAUCUUGGUGGAUCAUGUAUGCUAAGAACAAAAUGGCGUCAGGAUAUCGUCAUACCUAUGUUGGAAGACAAUGGCGUCACCUACCAUAUUCCCAAAUUGCAUGAAAGUUUAGCUAAAGCUUAUAAUGCAUUUCACUACACUCCAGUUUUCUACAAUGAAACAUGUGGCUUAAGUAUGAGUUUGGGAUCAGAUAAGUCAGACAUAAACCACCCAGAAAAACGAGUGAAAUAUGAUGAUAUAAAUUUUUUGAAAGAUGAUGAAAACUAUAAAUCCAAUAACCAUGAGUCUACUAUUACUAAAGCAAAUCUCACAAUUAAUUUAAUAGAUAUAGAUAGAUCAAGUUCUGGAAGUAGUAUAAGUACAGUUUCUUCUUUGAAUUCACCAGUUUCAGUGAAUGGGGAAUCUUUAAGCUAUAAAGAUUUUAAUGAUACAGAUGUGUUAGAAGAUUUUAUAGGACCAGAUAAUGGAAGUUUAUAUAAUCCUUCAUUAAUUGAAAAUAGUAGAGUACUCCUGUUCUAUAUAACGAAUCAAACCAGAUCGCUUGCACCUAUGACUCUGGCCGCUUUUUGCAUAGGCGAAGGCAGAAAAGUGGUCCUGUGCAUAGAAAUGCUGAGUGAGAACUCUUCAAUUUGUGGGGAAAAGUUAACAAAAACUGCAAUUAAAGAUUUCAAUCGCGGCCGUGCCUAUUUAGCAGAUAUGGCAAGAAGAGAGAAUGUGCCUGUUUACGAAGAUAUUUUGCUUGCAACACAGAAAGCAAUUUCAAUGAUUAAAGAAGAAUAACUUUCGUGAUCUUGUAAUAUCACAUACAUAGAAUCUCUAUGUAUUUUUAUAAUAUCUGAAAUGAGCAGAUAACGUCUUACAAAAACUAUAUCGGAGAAUAUAUUUUAUAUUGAUAUCAGUAACUUGUUCAAAUAUUUUAAAAUAGGUUUAACAACAUCCCUAU